AUGCCUUCCACCAAGCUCGCGAUCGUUGCUGCCUUCGUCGCUCUCUGUGUCGGCGUCCAGGCUCAGGAGUAUCCUGGCUCCGAGUACCCCGGCUACGACGGCUACCCGUCCAACCCGGACUACGCCUCUUCCGCCGUGUACACCACCAGUACCACCGUCGCCGCCUCCUCCUGCCCGACCGCGUCCACGGUCACCGAGACCAUCGCGCCCACCUUCACGUACACCGUGACCGACUACGCAACCACGACCGUGGCCCCCGCGCGCCGCCGCGAGGCGCGCCACCCGCACGCCCCCGGGGCGCUCUACGGGCGCGCGCUGACCACGGUCACGACCACCACCACGACCGCGACGACGUCGCCGGCCACGGCCACGCGCACCUUCACGUCGACGGAGACGGACACCGCGACCGCGACGAACACGCGCACGAGCACCGCGCGCGCGACGGAGACGGACACGACGACGAGCACCAUCACGCGCACGAGCACGACGGUGACGACGACGACCGUGCCCGCGACGCGCUCGCUCACGGUCACCAGCUUCGAGACGGAGACGGGCACGAAGACGGUGACGCGCACGAGCACGGAGGGGGUGACGACUGUGAACAGGAACAACAAGCGGGCGGUUGAGACUGCUGCUUGA